UUAAGCAUGUGUAAAAGCCAGCCCCUGCCGCGACCACUGGAUUCCUUCCUCUCAUCUUUGGAAAUGCCAAUUGAUUCAAACGGCCAAACGGAACAGCCCGGGGGCGGUGUAAAAACCUCUCUCUCUUCUGCCGCUCUGUCCAUCCCUCAUUACAGGACAUACCAUCUGACACACGUGCAUCUCAUUUAGGUGAGUGCGCGGCGCUGAGCCCCUGACAGCACAGCGGUUUCCGUUAGAAGGAAAUGAUGGAGAAGGAAAGUUUCUGACGUCUCUCCGUUUUGGGACUGUGCGCAGGAAAGCUGGAGAUCACUUUUCGCUUUUGCGCUGUUUGGUCGUAGCCUACUCCUCAUAACGCACAGAUACUGUAAAUCUGAACAAUCUGUAUGGAUUUGGGAUGAAUAGGUUCUCCGACACUGAAAUGUCUCAGGAUUGGAAAUGCAGCUCCUCGUCUGCCUGUUGCUUUUUAUUAUCACAACAGAUAAAACAUUGGCCUUGUCGCACAACCACUGUGGUGGAAAUGUCAGCCUGGACCAAAAGCCUACUGGUCACAUCAAUCUCACUUUUCCUAGACUUUAUACUGACACCAACAAUAGACUCAACCCAUUGAACCACCAGUCUGACAAAACCCUAAGUCUGUCAACUUGCACUUGGACGAUAGGUAUUCCUUUGGGUCAAACAGUAUUUUUAAAGUCAGUAUGGUUGGAAAGUGGUUGGAGGGUAUCGGUGCGCUGUGUUUUGAACGAGGAAGAUCAGGUCUUGGAUAGUGGGGGGACGGCUCUGCUCUCCGGCUGUGAUGGGAACAAAGCCACCUUCAAUUGGACAGGACCAGGACGCUCCUCAAAUGAAAUUCAGCUGUUCUAUUAUGUCAAGGAAGGUGAGAGGAAUUCCUCGGAGGACCACACCAGCCCACAUACAGACCAAGACCUCUUGCGUUGGUCUCAGACAGGAACCAGCUUUACAAGCACAGCUCCUGUUGGUCAAGAGGUGGUAACAGGAACACAAGGGGGCAGAGGUCACCUCUACAAAGGUCUGGAGUGGAGUUCUGGGCCUCGUUCUGCAUCUAGUCCCUCCUCUCAGGGACAGAGGCUGCUGCCCCCCACCUCACCCCUGCAGGGACUCACUGUGGCUGGGAGAGCCGAUAGGGAAACUCUCCCUCUUCCUGAGGAAGAACCAAACAAUGGAGCGGAUACAUCUGGAGCUGCUCACCUCACUGAUGGCAAAAUGGCUGCCAAACAGAGAACACACCCCAAUUUUCUGCAAACACUCAUUCCAGAUACGCUGUUUCACACAUCAGACACAGCAUACACACAAAAACAAUCAAGCAACGAGCUCCCUCAAACCCAGAUGGCAAUAACACAUGCAACAGCCAGUAGCUCCAACACCUUGCAUGGCACAGAAAUACACAAAUACACAGACACUCAGACUUCUAAACCAUCUAUAACCGUGCAAGCUCAGCCCAUCGUGUCCAGCUCCAGCGCCCCACCUCUCACCUCUUCUCCCCAUUUGCUACAUUCCAGGACAACCUGGGAGAGUGGUACCAUUCUAAUCCCACAUGGUGGCGCUAUUAGUGGGGUACCUGGAGAAAAACAACCCCAUUCCUGGAGGAGCCAGCAAAACACAGACGGACUUAACUCUGAUCUGACCUCCGCCAUCACCUCUGAUCCUUUAAAAUCACCCAUCGAACUGCAGCAGGAUGAGUCAAGCAGCGCGCAAACUGAUACUGAACCCACUGCGUCAUCAUCGUCAUCCUCACCCGGCUCCAGCUGGACUCGUUCAUCCGCCACCCACAUCACAUGGCAUGACACAGCUUUUGAUGCUGUCGAGGCUGCUUCAUUUCAUCCAAACAUUAGUCGAACUGACUCAUCUCUGUUGGCCGUGUCAGAUGUUAACAGCCAAACUGCUGCGCUUGAGUCUUCUGAUAAAUUUGAAAACGCGGAGGUGCUUCACACUUUCACUUCAUCCACGCAGAGUCAAACAAACUCUCCACAAAGCACAGAGAGCGUCACACGGUCGCCGCUUCCUGACACGUCCCCCCUUUUCACACAGACAAGCAACGAAGAGACACAAAGUACACACAGAAAUUUUGUUAAUGCAUACAUGACUACUAACACUAUCUCCUACUCGCCUGACAGUACCAAAGUUGAUGACCGGACUUUGAGUUUCCCCGGUUCUUCUUCUUCUACACCAAGAGCAGCACUGACGCUGGGAGAUGUAGUCCAUAACUCCACCCCUACAGGAGCCACUACUGACACUGAAACACACACACUGCAUCCCACUCACACACUCUUACAUGACAGCUCGUCUACAGAUUCAUCAACUCCUGUUCCUCUUUUUUCAUCCAGUUCAUCCAUACAUCCAUACACGCUUCAAACACACACCGCUUUCCCCGGUAGUUCACAUUUAACGCACACACCCCUGCCUUUGCUAUCCACUACGACUGAAUCCGCUGCACACACACCUCAUACACAGAACAGCCCGCCUUUGCCAUCUUCUACUGAUGUCCCAGUUAUGCAUAAACAGCCCCACAACUAUAUGACUACUACACAUACUUCUCUGCUCUCACUCAUAACUGCAAAAUCAGAUGAUGGAGAUAGAGAGGUAGAAGUAGUUAAAGAGGAUGAGUCUUGGCAGUGGUUUCCCAGAAGCACAACCACACAAACUCCUACAGCUGGAUCUCCAUCUGGGACAACCCAACACCCCAGCCAAGAGAACCAUUCUGCACUCACACCUUCUGUUUUAACCUCCACUUGGAGCUCCACAACUAGUCAGACACCCACGUUCUACAUUGUGCCAAACCAACCUACAGCCAUCAGAGUGGAGUCCAUUGAGCUGCUACUGCAGAUCAUUGUUGGAGAAUUCAUGUCGUCUUUUACUUCAGGUUUGGAGGAAGACACCAUUGCCUGGGUGAAGCCGUACCUACAGAAAGCUCCGGGGUUCAGCAGACUGCUUGGAGUCUGGAGCAGUGGCAAUGCAGUGCAGAGUCUGGUGGAGUUUAAAACCAGCGGGGCUCUGCAGUGGCUCAGCAUGACUGGAUCCACAUCACUGAUGGAGCGAACAGGACUAGCUCAGGCGGUCCGUGAUGGGAGGAGCUUUAGAUCAUCCAAGAUCACCAACGUCACACUGGGAGGUCUGCAGGGUGAUGUGUGUGACUGGUUACUGCAGUGUCCAGCAGGCUACAAGUGUGUGUUCCAGCCUGGCUCUUCAAACUACAGCUGUUCUUCUGUCUGCCACUUUGACUACUGCCACCACCAUGGCAUCUGUACUCACCACCCGGGCCAGCGUCCAGUUUGCCGCUGCCUUGUUGGAGAGGACUUCUGGUACAUGGGUCAGAGGUGUGACAUGAGGAUGACUCGAGUACGGCUCGUGGGCGCAUGUCUUGCCAUCUUACUCAUCAUGGUGACAGUGAUUGGCGUUUUAGCCUUUGUGGCAGUGCGACGUUACAGAGCCAUUCUGAUCCAGGCCAAAAUAGAUCAGACUCGGAGCAGCUAUCGCAGGUUCAACCAUUUUGAUGAGCUGUCAGGACGGUUCUGGUUGCGUUCGUGGGCAGGAUCAGCAGACUCACUAGAUAAUCCCGCCUUCACACGCUCCGAUGAGUUACUGCACAUGCGGGCGCUUGACCGCCCCUGCUGUUACCACGACGACACGCUGUCACUGGCCUCCACCUGCGCCAGCCACGGAACACGCAUCAAUACAAUCUACCCCCACAGCUCCCAGUAUGGUUGGAGGGGGAGCGAGAUGAGCAUGGGGGAUGGUGUGUUGGACUCGGGAAAGGCCAGUGACCUCUCUGUCUGUAGCUGGCCUGUGGAACCCAUUCAGUGGACUCCCUUCCCACUUCUGCAGCAACUGGCUUCCCACAGGACACCUGCAGUGAGGGUGUCGAGGCCACGGUCCUACUGUGAAGGCAUGGAGCUGGUAGACCUGGGGAAGAGCUGGACUGCGUGACACGCAUAAAAAAAGAAUCAAAUCCAAUGUUGACACUGGUAUUUGCAGCUCAUUUGUUCAUUGUAGACCUUGAAUGUUCUUGUUUUGUUAAAAAAAAACUUUAAAACAAUAAGUGUAAAUGUGUACUUUAUAUAAGUCUAUAUUUUUUUGUUAGGUUGUUGCUACGUCAUCCAUUUUGAAUCUCAAACCUGUUUCUUAUAUGCUUAUUCAGAUAAGAUGUAGGAUAUACUGUAAAGUAAGAAAAAACAAAGAAUCAGUCUAAAUGUCUGUGGCGCCGAAUCUUAUAUACUGCUUUAAUAAACAAAUCUUACUCAGGGCAAGAAUAAAUGUAUUCUGUUUUUUUUUUUUACUUUUGACAGUUCAUAAAUGUUAGUCCUUGUGCAUUUAAACAU